AUGGUCUGCGGCAAGUGUCAGAAGCUCCCCAAAACCACCUUGGCCACUCCCGACGUCAAGAAGAAGAGCGAGAUGUACUAUGGCUCCCCGGCAGGGACCUCGUCCAAAGCGUCUGGCUCAAAGCCCAGCACCCUUGGCCAGAGCGGCGUAGUCAAGAGCAAACUGUUGUCGAAAUCGGCCAAGAAUCCGUAUGCUCAAUACUCCAGUUCGUGCGCAAAGUGCAAGACAAAGGUGGCCCAGGGGCAUUCGCUGUGCCAGACUUGCGCGUAUAAGAACGACUUGUGCGUCAUGUGCGGGAAACCGAAUAAGAAGACCAAGUCCAACGCCGCUCCUACCGUCUCUGGUCAAAAGUUCACCAUGAAGUGA